GUUUCCCAAACAUCUUUAAGUACCAAAUAAAUUAAAAUAAAACAAAAAUAAUAGCAGUUUUUGGCAUUCUACUCUGGUUCAAAUGUAAACAUCUUUGAUGAGUUAGCAUGCUGCCAUAGAAGCUAAACACUUUUAAGCAAAUUAAUGCUUCAGUCGUUCAUCUUCCUUCUCAGACCGUCAAAAGAGCAGAGCACCAACAGAGAAAGAAGUAAAUGGCUGAGCAGCUGGUUACCGGUUGGUUUCGUAUUGUUGCAGGCUCUCGGGAGAUAGAGGAAUGCAAAUCUGCAACCAUGAUGGAAGGAUUGAAAAAACGUACCAGGAAGGCCUUUGGGAUACGGAAGAAAGAGAAGGACAGUGACUCUACAGGGUCUCCAGACAGAGACGGUGGUUCUCAGAAGAAGACAAACGGAGCCCCGAAUGGCUUCAAUGGAGAUAUCGACUGGGAAAGAUAUAAUUCUCCUGAGGUGGAUGAUGAGGGCUACAGUAUCAGACCCGAUGAAGAGUCCGAGGAAGGAGCUACCAAAAAAACCCACUUUUUCUCCUCUGACGAGUCUGAAGAAGAGGAGGACCACAAGAAGAAGAUGUUUAAAAUCAAAAUCAAACCACUGCCGGCUGAUUGUGUCAUCGCAGCUGCCUCGGUCGAUGAGCUCAGAGCCUCCAUCGGCAACAUAGCCCUUUCCCCGUCUCCUAUGAGACGUAGCCCGGGUUUGAAAAGGAACACAUCUAGUGAGGAAAUUGCCAGACCGAGGCGUGCCGUUCCUGCUGCUCCCACUGUGGCCCCCACACCAGCUCCAGCACCACAAACACCCAGCAAUCAGCAAACAGCUCUCUCUGAAGACACCACAGCCUUAUUUGGGCCUCCCUUGGAAACAGCUUUCGGAGAACAAAAAACUGAAGUGGUUCUUUCUGAGCCCGAUGUGUGGGGGGCUUCUCUGUCAGAGCCUGAAUCCGCUUUAAUGAGGUCCUUCCCCACAGGAACUCCUCCUCCACUUCCACCAAAGAAUGUCCCAACUUCCUCACCAACAACCGGAGCCCCGUCUGCAGAUGAUGCAGAAGCAUCAGUAGAUGCAAAUGGCUCAAGCAGGAAGCCCUCUAUAGCAGACCUGGACAACAUUUUUGGACCAGAGGCGGCUCCCUCUGCUGGCGAAGAUACAGAUGACAAGUGGGUCUGCUUCAGUGAACACUCUCCUGCUGGCCCACCAGCACCAAAGGAACCUGCACCACAUAUUCCCUCUGCUCCACCCCCACCCAAAGAACCAGCACCUCCUCCACCAGCUUCCCCACCUCCACCUGAAACCCCCGCUCCCCCUCUAACAAUGUCCCCACCUCCUCUCCCUAUCUCUCUUUCCCCAAAAGAAGACUUUCCUCUCCCGCUUCCAACCUCUACACCUCCAUCAGAGGAGCCUUUCCCAGCUCCUGCCCAUUCAGGUCCUUCUACACCAGAAGACCGAAAUCCUCUCAAUGUUGCCACCUCUUCAUCACCUGCAUCAAAGGAGCAUACAUUACCUCCAGCUUCCUUCACUCCUCCUCUUAGCUCUCCUGCCAGUGUCUCACCAGUCCCCGCCCCUAAGGAGGGCCCCCUUGAACUGGUGGCUCCGUCUGCUAAGGAACCCACAACUUACUCGGUCCCACCACCCCUUGUCCUCUAUCAAGAGAACCAGUCUAAGAACACAAACACCUCUCAUCCCAAAGAGGAAGGAGAUAAAACGGUCACCUCUCCCAAAGAUGCUAGCAAGGGAAGUCAGAGCACACCACCACCUCCUCCUCCUCCAACAUACCGUGCAGUAGUUUCGUCACCAGGUCCCACAAGUGGAGCAGGUGGCACAAAUAGUGGUUCCUCCUCACCCGUGAGACCUUCCACCCCCUCGUCAGUCAACCCUACCCCGCCCCCACCUCCGCCUCGCCCCCCUUCACGACCCAAGCUUCCUCCUGGGAAACCUGCGGUUGGAGAUGUGAAUCGGCCAUUCAGCCCCCCAAUCCACUCGGCGAGUCCCCCUCCCGUCGCCCCGUUGGCACGAGCCGAGAGCACCUCCUCAAUCUCUUCUACCAACUCCAUGAGCGCCGCCAACACACCUACUGUCAGCAAGGAGUUGUGUGUGUCUGUGUCAGAAGAUGAUGCAUAUGUAGACAAACUGCCCACCUUUGAGAGACACUUUGAGUCAUUUGCAGAGAAUGACCAGCCAUCCCUUGUUUGGUUUGACAGAGGGAAGUUUUAUUUAACCUUUGAAGGCUGCUCCCGAGGACCGAGUCCUCUCACCAUGGGGGCCCAGGACACACUUCCUGUGGCCGCUGCAUUCACAGAGACAGUCAACGCCUUCUUUAAAGGAGCCGACCCAAGCAAGUGUGUUGUGAAGAUCAUAGGUGAGAUGGUUUUAUCGUUUCCGGCGGGAAUCACACGGCACUUUGCCAAUAACCCAUCCCCUGCCGUGCUAACCUUCAGCAUAACCAACUACAGCCGACUGGAGCAUGUCCUGCCUAACCCCCAGCUGCUCUGCUGCGACACCACCACACAAGCCAAGGCUGAUGCAAAAGACUUCUGGGUGAAUAUGCCAAACCUGAUAUCUCAUCUAAAGAAGGUGGCUGAGCAGAAGCCGCAGGCAACAUACUACAACGUGGACAUGCUCAAGUAUCAGGUAUCAACAAAUGGCCUCCAGUCGGCUCCUCUGAACCUAGCUGUAAGCUGGAGAUGUGAGCCCACCAGCACUGACCUGAGGAUAGACUACAAAUACAACGGGGAGGCCAUGUCGACACCAAUGGCUCUCAACAACGUCCAGUUUCUCAUCCCAAUUGAUGGAGGUGUUUCAAAAUUACAAGCUGUCCUACCUCCUGCUGUAUGGAAUGCAGAGCAGCAAAGAAUCCUAUGGAAGAUCCCUGAUAUCUCCAAGAAAUCUGAAAACGGAGGUGUGGGGUCCUUAUUGGCACGCUUCCAGCUAGCAGAGGGUCCCAGUAAGCCGGCUCCAUUGGCAGUGCAGUUCACCAGUGAGGGCAGCAACCUGUCAGGAUGUGACAUUGAACUGGCUGGACCAGGAUACCGCUUUUCCCUCAUUAAAAAGAGGUUUGCUGCAGGAAAAUACCUGGCUGAUAACUGACCUCAACUAAGAGCAGCACUGUUAAACAGAAAGACUGUCAUGGACCACGGUUAGCAUCAGGACCAGAGGACAGACCCAAACCAGACACUCCUGUAACCAUCUCUGAACCCACAUGGCAGGUCUGCAGCCUACUCAGCAGUAUUGUUAUAAUUGCAUAUAGCAUUGUGGAACUGUUUCACGUCAUGUAAUUAUAGUAUUUGUACUCAUCUCAUGUGUGUUGCUGCAAUUAGAUACCUGGGUUCUUUCCUUCUCUAAAGUCUGUGCCUCUGUCUCCAUCCUCCUCUGGUCAGUGUUUGGUGGUGUUAUUAAAAGUUUCACUGCAGCUGCCUGACAGAAGACCUGAACAGAGGGUACUUUUUUUUAUUCAAUGAAGAAAUUUUCUACAGUUAUACAUCUUAGCCUACACAAAGUUAAAUUAGAACCCACAACAGUUCUAAAUUAGUUUUACCGUCAUGAUAAAUCACGCAUCUCAAAACAAACAUACUUUUGUUAAUGAUUGUUAACACUGUUUUGAAUCGAUCUAAUAAAACACAAAUUCAAGUAACUACAUAAACCUGGUUUUUCAAGCAUUACUUGCAGGUAACACAGGGUCUUAUGACUUUCUCUUGCAUCCUGUUUGAUACUACAAUCAGAUAAUUUUAUCUCUCUUAAUCGCACACUUAUACUGAGUAGUGUUAGGCAGCUGCAUUGAUGAGUCAGUUCACUGGUUAAAAAUUAUAAAAAAAUAAGCAGGUGUUCCUGUCAGAAUAAAAGCAUUGUACAGUGUCAUUUUAACUGAGUAACAUGUAUCUCAAAGGGCGUUUGGUGUUUUCCUUGUAUUGUCAGAUAGCCUUUCUGUUGUUCCCAGAACAGCAGUGUUAGACACCAGAGUUACAUGACAGCAUUCUAUUUUUAUUUAUCGAAGACGACGAUUUGUUGUAUAAAACAUGUGAUUCUGUAUAUGAAUAGAAUCUGAAUGGUAUCACACAACUCGGAACCCUUAAAUGUAUAAAUAUUUGAAUUCUCUUGUAUUUUUUGUUAUCUGUGUAGUUGGGUAACCUUGUGUACAGUAUAAGGGAUAAUUUUUUGAAUUUAUUUCAGAUAUAAUUUUUUAACUCAAGUGCAGCAGAAGAUUUGAGCUAUAUUUGCGUGGAGGUUGUGGAGUAAUUUAAAGAAAACGAUGACUAUCUUCCUGGAUGCCGUGUUAUGCUUUGUGAAAGCAGUGUUAUUGUAGAGUUAGAAAUCCACACUUUAAUAAUGCUAUAUGCAUACUUUUUAUUUUGAAAGUUCAUGCUAACCAACUAGCCCUGCUCAAUUGUGUUUCUAGAGGUUUUUCAGCCUUUGAGUCUUUUAAAAUAGUUUCUUCUAUUGCACAUAUAUAACACUCUUUUUCAGUUCAAAAUAGUUGAACUUAACUUCUCUGCAAACUGCUUAUAAUUCAGGCUUGAGUGGCUGUUCAGCAUUACUGGCUGUCCAUGAAUGCUUAACAAAAGUCAUGUUUCCACUUCCCAGGGUAGCUUUUCUGAGCCAUUUUUAACCCACCUCUGUUUUUAACUCAAUCUGUCAGAGUACAAAUGUAACCCAGAAAAUGGCUUGUAGGGAAGUAGUACUCUUGAGAUUACCCUGAACUUUUGUCGUGGUUGCUGGAUUUUGAAUUGGUUGAAUAUUUAAGGCAUUUCUUUCUGGAAGAACUCCACAGUUUGUAUUUUAUGUUACCUAAACGCAAUACAUCUGUGCAAGCAGGUAGACUAUUUCUUUCAAAGUAAUAUUUUAGGGUUUUGAGUUAUGUAAUAAUGUUUUAUAUGUUAUGUUACGGGGCACAAUAAAAAGACCUACACCACCACAAGAAUGUGUAUCGUUAACUAAUUAGAGGUUUUUAAACAAUGCAUGUGUGCAAUGGUCUUUUAAGGUACAUGACAUUGAUUUAAUUUAUCAUAUGUCUGAUAAUGUUACACAUUUCCUCAGAGUUUGGGAAGACUUUAAUUCUGUUUCAGAGUAUAAGCACUGAGAAAAUAUCAGACAUUUUGGUCAUAAAACAUCAGCAUGCUCCUGUUUAUCUCUCCUCUGACAUAUAUGAUUGAAGGCAAAAAUCUGCAUCUGUAAAAGUACAUUUAAAAUUUUUUGAUGUUGCACCUUUAUAUGGAGAUUGAAGUGACUUUACAUAAGAUGUAGAGUGAAGCCGCUAUAAAAGAAUACUUGCUCUGUAGUUUGCAUUGCUGAAAAAUAAUUAUCUUCUUAAUAGGAACCUUUUGUUGUGGUCUGAUAAACACUUGGCAACUUUUUGUUAGGUGUCAUACGCAUUGUUUUUUUCUAAAUAAACAGCACUGCAGUCAAAAUGCACAGCAAACAGCCCAGUGUGGAUAAAGGUUCAGGGUAACCUAAUGGUGAUUAUAACACACCCAAGUACUCAACAUUCCAACCUUCUGUCCAAGAUGGUGGAAUUAGUUUCUAUCUGCAGGUUGACAGGUUUGCCAGAUGGCAAUUGAAUGGCAUCUAUGAGCAUCCCCAGGACAGGGUCUGUACUAAAGCUAGUUGGUUAGCAGCAACUGAACUUUCAAAAAGUAAAACUUAAAUAUACACACUGAAAUGUUUGACAUUUUAGAAUUAUCAUUACCUUUUAUAUCUGCCUGGAAACUGUUCACUUAGCAUAAAGACUGGGUUUAUAUUUAAUUAUGAAAUAUCUACUUGCCAGCCCUUAUCCCCCUAUAGGAUCACACAUUUUGUUUCAUUGAUUGCAGAGUAUUAAUAUCAACAUAUUAAUGAAAAAUCUAACAUGCACCUUAAAGGUUCAGGUUGCUUUGUGGCUCACAGCCAGACUAAGCAGCCUCAUACAAUUUUAUCCACUUCCCUGCCAGGGUCAACCAGUCUCGCUCUGUUGACAUUUGUGUUGCAACUUUACCAGUUCAAAUUUUAAAUUAAUUCACCCUCUUGACUUUUAAAAUACUUGCAGAAAAUUGCAAGGUUCUUUUUAGUUUUUGUCAACAUUAAAAAACUGUUAGUAAUCAUUACCAUUAGCAAUUAGAAUCUGUGACUGUGCCUACUCUAUAUACAGCUUCAUGAGACCUGGGCCUUGUUUACUUUUGAACCCAACUACAUUUGCUGUUUUCUCCUUAUUACAGUCUUUAUGCUAAGCUAAGCUAAGCUAACAAGAAGUUUAUGGUGUGUUCCAUUUUUCCUCGGAAGACAUUCCAAGUGUAAAAAACAGUCCCUGAAGUUGGAGUUCCCAGUUCGGAAACUCAAAUGUCCUUGCACUACCCUGGGUUUAAAUUCAAUAUGACAUCCAUGCAUAUAAAACAAAUAUUUGUAGGAAUAAAUCAUUGCUUCCUAAUUGAACGCACUCAACAUCUGACUUCAAAGGCAAAUGGAAUGUAGCGUUAGCUUCAGGAUUGAUUGCUGACAGGAAAUUAAAUGUGUAUUUCCCAAAAUGUCAAGCUGUUUCUUUACGUACAACAUGUACAACAACAAAAACACAUAAUUUUUUUUCUCAGCCACAGCACUGACAUUUUAGUGGUAUUGUUGCUUAGACAAAAUAAGUUUUACUGGGACCAGGUAGUUUCUUAUAACCUAGUAAAAAGAAACUUCAAUCCAGUAAAAAUGAAAGUACUUUCUGCAACUACUCAGCUUUGGUUUACCAGUUAUGCUUCUCACAUGUUACUAAUUCUCCUCAAUGGUUUCUAACUCCCAGAAUAAAUCUUAUGCAGCACGACCAAUUCAUCAUGCCAGCGCUCGAAUCCAUGGCUUUAAUUUUCAUAAAUGUAAUGGUCUCUGUGAGAUGACUUGAUUUGAAUGAGGGUGUGAAGCAAGGUUAAGUUGACCAAAAUUAUAUUUUUGUUUGUUUUUGUAUUGUAUGUGUGUGUGUGUGUGUGUGUGUGUGUGUGUGUGUGUACCCCGGACAGUCAGUCCUAUGAUGAGAAUAAUAAGAUAAAUAUUUUUAAAAUGCAGAAAAAUAUAUUAUUGUUUAAUGUGAGAACAACACUGUGCUGAUGAUGUUCAACUUCCUGAAUGCUCUAAAACAUGAAGAACAAAGUCUGUGUAUGAUGUGUAACUGAAAACGUAUGUAGUGUACUGUUUGUCUGCAUUCUGCUAAAUGUAACCAAUCACAGUCUUGUGGCAAAUUCUAGAAAAUAAAUAUGUAAACCUCAUACUUCUGAGUUAUGAAGUACUUUUGACUAGUUAUAGUUUGCAUUGUAAAUAUAUUUAAUGAUUUCAGAUCUGGGCUGCACAAUUAAAUUUAAACGUUUGCUUUUUGGUUUUUUUCUUUUUUUUCUUUUAUUUCUUAUGUGCACUCAAUAUAAGGGAACAAUUAAAUGAAAUUUUGAAGUAAGAUGACUGAUUGGUGCCAUUUAGCUCCCACUCAACCCUUCAUUUGAUAAUAUUUGUCUUCAUGUUGACUGGACACCAUGUCUAACAGCACUCUGUUAUCUUUGGUAUGAAUUGUGAGAUUUUCAGAGCAACAGUCACUACAGCAUUAUCUACCAAUGCCCACAAUAUGCAACCCUAACCAUGUAGGCAUUUUAAAUUAUCAUUUCUUAGUAGCUUAAACUUUAUCAGCUUAAAAAGCAAAACAAAAGCCUUUGAUUGGUGCAAUAUUGUUUGUAUCUUUUAAUUUGAAAAAUAAAUGUGAAAUAAGUGGGCAUUUUCCAGCUAUUCAUCUCUGUGAUGAAUUUUUCUGUCAGUAGUUGAUAAUUGCAUGCAGAGCAUGCAGUAAAAAGUGAGGCAUCUGAGGUGAUAGGUAGUACUGAAAUGACAUGUUGUGCUGAGUGUCACUUACUUACCUUGGGGUAUUUUGAGAAGAGAGCAGGAAGUGUUUUUGUUUUUUUGUGUGCAAGAAGCCAGGAUGCUUUUUUGGUUCAGUGAAGUUAACCUCAAACUCAUGUGCAAGCUGUUUGUACAGAACAUAACAUUGCUAAGAUAAACUGAGAAAAUGUGUUUGCUUCUUUUCAAAACCAAUAAAAAGUAUAACUGGA